AUGUCUACGAUCGAUUGGUCCAACCUCAAUCUCACUGCGGGCAACCUUCCCCUCGGCGAUGACCAGGACAACUGUGCGUCGCGACCCUCCACUGUCCAGACGCCCAGCUCGGCGCUCCGCUUUCGAUGCCUCUUCUCUAGCGCAUCCUUCCUCUUUCCCUGGCCCUGACUCGGCGUGCGUGUGCGCGCGCGUACGGCCUCGUGCACGUCGGACCCGGCCUGCCGCGACUGCGCCGCGCCUGGUCAGCUGGCGCGCAGAGGGCGAUGCCCGAGUUCGGCGCGCCGCCGAUUCAGGAGCGUGCAGGCGGGGGCGGGGGCGGGGGGCGGCGAUGCUUCUUUCUCAGGAGGGGCGCAAAGAGUGAAAGCGAUGAUCGCACAUGUGACGCUAGUUCUCUUUGUUGUACGGUGCUGACCUGUGCUCCCUGUGCUUUGAUCAAACCAAAAGACAUCGCCAAAUUGCUCUCGCUCGAUCCCAACUUGCCUUACUCGGGCCAAAACCUAGGCAUGCUCUCCUCACCUGAAGCCUCGGAGUCGGCUUCGCCCGAAUCGGAUGCGGCGCCCUCGUCGCGCCAAUCCUCGACGGGCGCUCCCUCCUUCGAGACCAGCAAGGCUACAGCGGCCCCCGUCAAGAUGAGUCCGACGCGCGCCACGGCCCAGGCUCAGCAUGAGAAGCGCAAGGCCUCCGAUACCAAGAGCUCGACCGCAGCUCUCAAGGAUCGUCGUGCCUCGACCACAGGCUCGGGCACUAUUUCGAGCCGUGGCGCAGAGGAGUCGCACCACACCCACCCCGACGACGAUGACAACGACAACGACAGUGAUGGUCAGUCUGCUGCAACUUGCUGUCAGUUGAGCCGUGCAUUCUUUUCUGACAGUGUUGUUAAUGGGCAAUAUCGUACGCAGACGACGGCAAGGGCGGCAAGGGUCACAAGACCACCGACAAGCGCAAGGAUCAGAACAGGAAGGCCCAGAGGGCGUUCCGCGAACGCAAGGAGAAGGUGAGAGACAAGCGCAAGACCCUUUGUAUCCAGUCGUCCAAUCGGACAAGUGCUGACCCUUGGGCGUGCACGUUGGACAGCACCUGAAAGAUCUCGAGGAUCGCGUGUUGAGCCUCGAGCAAGAAUCGUCCGAGAAGGCGGCCGAAAACGCUGCGUUGAAGCAGCUCAUGGAAAGGCUUCAGGGCGAGAACGAGCGCCUCAAGGUCUACGAGACGGCCUUCUCUUUCAGCUACGCCAAGGACGUCUCGAACUCGGCGACCAUGUCAAGCGCCCCCCAGUUCAAGCCGCCUACGCCCCCAACCGACCAAGACGACCUCACGAGGACAUCGGCCUUCGCGAGCCCAGCGUCGACCUCGAGUGUACCUCUGUCAGAGACCUCGAGCCCUUUCGACGCGAACGGCUUCCUUACGUCGAACUUGCCAACCUCGGCUCCUGUCUUUAACACGAGUCCGUCCGCGUUCGCCUUGCCGCAGCAGAGCUCGUACCCCCACCACCCGUCUGGUUCGUCGGCCGCCUCGCCCCUCGGCUUCUCGCCCCCGACGUACGAUGCCACAAAUAGACAGCCUUCUUUGGACGAGCAGAUCUUCCUCGGCUCGCUGUCGUCGGGUGCGUCGCCCGCCUCGACGCUUGCAGGCUCGUCUUCAGCAUCCGGAGCAUCGACGCGCAUGACGUCGCCUCCCGGCAUGUCGACGACUGAUCUGUUCACGGCGUACCGUGAUUCGUUCGGCACGACGGAUCUGACAUCACUUGGCGAAUUCGAUGCCUUGUUCAACACCUCGGGUCUUUCGACUGGCCUUUCCCCCGCGCCCGGAGCGCCAGGCACAACGUCGACUCCCGAUGACCUCUUGGCCGCACUCGUCAAGAGCCCGAGUCCGGUCGUGUCGGCAAGCUUAUCGACGGCGGAGACAUCACUGUCAGAGGGACCAACCACCUCAGAAUGCCCUUUCAUCACACCAGGGGCCAAGUACGAGUUCGACGUCGACGGUUUGUGCGCGGAAAUGAAGCUUAAGGCGACAUGCCAAGAGAAGGCGAGGGAGGCACUACGAUCGGCGAUGGCGGCGGAUGCGAAUGCGGUUGCAAAGGCAUAUCCGCAGCAACAGUAA